UCACUGAAAUAAAAAAAGAGGAAAUGUAAACAAAGCUCUACACAUGUCGAACCUGCCAGAGAUUACAUUGAACUUCAUGCUCGGGCUAGACCCGGCCAGGUGUGUAACAGAAGAAAAGAUUGCCUGUCAGUUGCCUUGUGUCCAAGAUUUGUUCUCCAGGAAAAAUGGAGUCAAAAGUUUUAGUGAUGAAGAGAUGCCGCAUGUCAUGGAAAGUGUCUGCAUGCCAGACACCACCCGACAAGACAGCGUGGCGACAUGUUCGAGUGAGGGAUCUCUCGACGCCUCACCGCUGGCACACGAUGGAGGAUGCUCAGUUACCCCUGACAACUCGCGCUCAUGUACACCUUCCUCCAUGAGCUGUCUGUUGAGUCCAAUCAGUAAAGAUAGUCGUUCGGCUGACAGCUCGCAGUGUGAAUGCAAGGACACGCCCCCACCGCCUUUAACGUGCAAAUGGAAAGAUUGUGAGUGUGAAGACUUCGAACCGCAUGGAAUCUUGGAACACAUAAAAUCAAAACAUGUGGAGUGUCAGAAAGGAAAGAAAGUCUCGUGUCUGUGGGAAGGAUGUAAGGUUUAUAGUGUGCAGUCAAAAUCACGAGCGUGGCUCGAGCACCACGUGGUGUGCCACUGUGGCGACAAGCCGUUCCGAUGCAUUGUGGACGGGUGCUCUCUAAGUUUUACUUCACAUAAAGGAUUGGAGAAGCAUGUAAACAAUCAUUUUAAGUUACAACAGGUGCAAGGUCCCAGGCAGGCUAAGUCACGCGAGGACACGCCCACCAAGAUGUGGAAGAGGAGGAAAUGUCGUCGAAGUCGGCCUCCUGGUGUGAAACAAGUGGAUUUUUUUGAUGAUGGUAUAAUGGAGAGGAUACAGGUUGACCUGACCUACACAACAGAACUGACAAAUAUUGAUCUCAAUGGCAGCUCAGACUCCGCCACAUUCCACAGCCAUGUCAUAGCAAAGAGAACUGAUCGCAAUGGGAAAGUCCAAGCCCUUCUUCACUGGCAGCCAGAGAACGUAGUACAAGAUUGCUGGGUUGCGGAGAAGGAGUUGGAGAAUUUUCAAACUUGCACCAUCCCUCUCAAGCGACUACCUCAUCCGACGGCGGCCAACCUCCACUCCUCCAUCUACCGCCACCACAGGUGCCGCAAACACCGCAGGAAGUGACAUCACCCAGCAACUAAGUUCCCCCAAGUGCAAAUAUUACAGACUCCUAAUGGAGAUUGCUGUGAUGUUUUCUUGUAGUUUCAUGACAGAUUUUUUUGUGUGUGUGGUUAUGCUGGACAGCCAGAGAAAGGUUUUGACUGCAAUAUAUGUGUAUGUUUUUUCCUUGAGGAUCUCAAAUUACUAUAUAAUUACUGGAGAAACAAAGUAAUUAUAAGAAUAUAUGUCAAUAUUUUUGAGAAGAUUUUUGUUGAAAGACUGAAGUGUAAUGGAAUUUGUGUGAUUUU